GUGUCUGUGUGCGUGCAGAACUGUGGUCAAGGUACCCCAAAAAGUUCGAGAAGGAAUCAAUUCCUGUCGUGCAUCUCGGAACAGUAUAGGAAACCGUCCGGUGGCCGUCACAAGUUGGAUAGAGGAAGGCAAUUAGUGCACACAGCGCCGCUGCAUCAACGCUUGCGCACUCACUCACGGACGACGGACUACUAGCCCCGCUUCGCUCACAGUUCAGUGUACAGCUCAGUUCAGUAGUUGAACGUCGCGAUCGCACCAGGACGGACGCGUAGAGCCUGCUGUUAGAUUUGUUGUUCCGAGGUCUAGCCCUUUAGCCUUUGGCCGAGAUGGCUGCCGCCAGUAACAGCGGAACGGUUUCGAUGUCGGCAUCGACGGCUAGUCUGGCGCCGGCACCGGUGCCACCCACCAAUACACCGUGGCCCAACAGCAAGGACGACUACGAGCUGCGGGAGGUGAUAGGUGUGGGGGCCACAGCCGUCGUUCACGGUGCCUUCUGUUUACCGCGCAGUGAGAAAUGCGCCAUCAAACGGAUCAAUCUGGAGAAGUGGAAUACUUCGAUGGACGAACUGCUGAAGGAGAUCCAGGCGAUGAGCAGCUGCAAUCACGAGAAUGUGGUCACGUAUCACACCAGCUUCGUGGUGAAGGAAGAAUUGUGGCUUGUGUUGCGACUGCUGGAGGGUGGCAGUUUGCUGGAUAUUAUCAAACAUCGGAUGAAGACGGUUAACUGUAAGCAUGGUGUCUUUGAUGAAGCUACGAUCGCUACCGUGCUGAAGGAGGUACUGAAGGGCCUGGAGUAUUUCCACAGCAAUGGACAAAUUCAUCGUGAUAUCAAGGCGGGCAAUAUUCUGCUGGGAGACGACGGAACAGUGCAGAUUGCGGAUUUCGGUGUAAGUGCCUGGCUGGCAACUGGGCGUGAUCUAUCACGGCAAAAGGUUCGGCAUACUUUCGUAGGUACACCGUGCUGGAUGGCCCCGGAAGUUAUGGAACAGGAUCAUGGUUAUGACUUUAAAGCGGACAUUUGGUCGUUUGGCAUUACGGCGAUAGAGAUGGCCACUGGCACUGCGCCCUACCACAAGUAUCCUCCGAUGAAGGUAUUGAUGCUAACGCUUCAGAAUGAUCCGCCUUCCAUCGAUACCGGUGCGGAUGAAAAAGAUCAGUACAAAGCCUACGGGAAAACGUUCCGCAAAAUGAUCGUCGAGUGUCUUCAGAAGGAACCAUCGAAACGUCCAACGGCCAGUGAGCUGCUGAAACAUCCGUUCUUCAAGAAAGCGAAAGACCGGAAAUACCUUACGCAAACCCUACUGGCCACCGGUCCGUCGAUGGCCACCCGAGUACAUAAGGCUGCCAAGCGACAACCGGGAGCUUCCGGGCGACUACAUCGAACCGUCACCGGCGAAUGGGUGUGGUCCUCCGAAGAGGAAGACAAUGGUAAGCAAUCUUCCGACUCGGAUUCCGAGGAACGACCGAUGAAUCGCCUCGAUCGGAUGGAUUCAUCCGCCUCGGAAACGGAGGAAACAUCCGAACAGUCCGAAGCUACGGUAACAGCACCGACCGGUUCGGAACGUACCACUACUGACGUCACCAACACUCUCGGCGGUUUGACCAUGGAUGAUCUACCGCCGAUCAAUCUAGUACUACGGAUGCGGAACGCUAACCGUGAGCUGAACGAUAUCCGUUUCGAGUUUGCCGUCGGUAAGGAUUCCGCCGAAGGAAUCGCAACCGAGCUGGUAGGAGCCGGAUUGGUGGAUGGGCAGGAUAUUGUCGUCAUGGCGGCCAACUUGCAGAAGCUGAUCGACAACCGGAGCACAUUGAAAACGGUCACCUUCCAGCUGAAGUCCGGUUUCGGAUCCAGCGAGCAGCCGGACGAGAAAUCGCUUAUCGGUUUCGCCCAGAUUUCCAUCACGGACUAACUUAAGUGACUGUUCGUUUGCGUUUGUGCGCGUGUGAAUGCUUGAAAGUGCCUGUGCUUAUCUGCUUUGAAUGUGUGUGCGAGUGUGAGUGUACGAUGAAGAAAGCAUACAAAAGAAAACAUUCUAUUGGAAAAUUUUCCUUGUGUUUCGAUUUCUUACAUAGUUUUAAAACGAAGAAACCAAUAAACAAUAGCAAGUUAUUUAGGAUUUAGUGAUACCUAUAUUAGCGAUGAGAAGCAAAACAAAAACGGCAUCAAAACAAUAUCGCUUUGCAGAUUCUAGUACUACGAUCACCAUCAGACGGAUAGAUGAUUCGUAAUCACCGAGAUGGGCAGAGAGAGAGAGAGAGCUUUAAACGCUUUUUCCUAACGACAGAAUGUCAGAAAUCACCCGCAUGCAGGCACCCAAAAUAUUAGUGGUGCAGCACUAGCAGCAACAGCCUUUCGAAAGCAACCGUUGAAAGUUAUGAAACUGUACGAAAAAAAAAAAAAACAUUUAAACCUGUUUGAACUAUGUAUUGUGUUUUACUUAGAUGAUCAGCAGAGCAAAAGAUAAUUUAUAUUUUAUCAGCGUUUAAUCAUUACUAGAGAGAAGCAUAGGCAACAAAGUUGUACCUUAGAAACUAACAAUCAAACCAACAGCGGCGAACAGGAUGAAGCGAAAUCCCGACCGGCAGCAGCAACUGUUCUAACGAUAUAUAUCGCAUUACCUCUCUUCUCUUUUAAAAAAAAAAACAUUUGAAAAGAAAAACCCGAUAUCAACUAUGAAACCGAGAGGCAACAUACAUAUAUUGAAACAGCAACAAAUUAAUAAAGCAACAUCCACAAUGAUA